CCAGACUCUUCUCAGACGGGAAGCGCAGUCUCAGAAGUUGAGCUGCAGCUGGGGACAAGCUGAACGUCUGUAGCAUCUCGCAGGACUUUUUCCAAUAUUUUAGGUCCAAAAUGUGAAGAAUUCGCCUUCGCUGCACCACUUUGUGAAAGUUGUUGUGCAGAAGAGUUCGUGACAGACGUGGAGGGAUGCGUCAAGACGCAUGAACUUGUGGGAGAUAUCCAGUACACAGCCGGUUUACCGGGGGCAUGGAUGCGUCGGUGAACAUCCAAGACGCGCGGACGGAGUAACCGCUUUGCACAAAUUUUACUUUUAAAUUAUUUGCCCCUGCAUAAAAUGCUCUGAAAACUCCGUGCCCUGUGCACUGUGAACUCAAGCGACACUUGACACUAGCUAGAACCACAUUUUACUGUCUCACUAUGGAUGAGAACGCCAAAUGCGUAAAAGUUGACAGCAACUUGAACGCAGAGACUAUCAACCUGAGCGUGCUGAACUGGGAGCAAGUGCAGCGCUUGGACUCUAUCCUCACAGGCAGCAUACCCAUCCACGGCAGAUGGAGCUUCCCCACUCUGGAGGUGAAGCCACGGGACAUAGUUAAAGUGGUUCGGAGCCGCAUGGAGGAGAAGGGGAUUCACGUCCGAGAGGUGCGCCUGAACGGCUCUGCAGCCAGCUACGUGCUGCACGAGGACAGCGGGCUGGGGUGGAAGGACCUGGACCUCAUAUUCUGCGCUGACCUCAAAGGGGAACUGGAGUUUCAGAUCGUCAAGGACAUAGUUCUAGACUCACUUCUAGACUUUCUCCCAGAAGGAGUCAAUAAGGAAAAAAUCACGCCGAUCACGUUAAAGGAGGCCUAUGUGCAGAAGAUGGUCAAAGUGUGCAAUGACUCAGACAGGUGGAGUCUCAUCUCUCUUUCCAAUAACCGUGGCAAGAACGUGGAGCUCAAGUUUGUGGACUCUCUUCGGAGGCAGUUUGAGUUCAGCGUGGACUCCUUCCAGAUCCGCCUGGACUCCCUGCUGCUCUUCUACGAGUGCUCGGAGCACCCCAUGGCUGCCACCUUCCACCCCACCAUCCUGGGAGAGAGUGUCUAUGGAGACUUCCCCACCGCUCUGGACCAUUUACGCAAGCGUCUGAUAUGCACCAGGAGUCCCGAGGAGAUUCGAGGAGGAGGCCUGCUCAAGUACUGCCACCUGCUGGUGCGGGGCUUCCGCGCCGCCUCUGAUGAAGAGAUGAAAUUAUUACAGCGCUACAUGUGUUCACGAUUUUUCAUAGACUUCCCUGAUGUGAAUGAUCAGCGGAGGAAGCUGGAGUCCUACCUUCAGAACCACUUUGUCGACUUAGAGGACAGGAAGUAUGACUACCUGGCCACAUUGUACCAUGUGGUUCAGGAGAGUACGGUGUGCCUCAUGGGACAUGAGAGGCGACAGACGCUCAGUCUCAUCUCUUCUCUUGCACUGAGAGUACUGGCGGAACAGAACGCCAUCCCCAAUGCUGCAAAUGUCACCUGCUUUUACCAGCCAGCCCCAUAUGUUUCUGAUGGAAACUUUAACAACUACUACAUAGCACAGGUCCAACCUAUGUACUCAUGUCCACCAUCACCCCCCCAACAGUACAUUCCACCACAGCAUCCGAUGUACGCACCAUGGCUGUCCUGCAACUGAAAUUAAGUCCUUCAUAUUCAUUAUAUUGUAAUCUCUCUCCAGAGGAGCACUUUCGACUUUGUUAGCAGUAAGCAGCAUCUGGGAGCACCAUUCUUCAUCAGUGAAACAAAGUCUGGCUCAUUAUCUGCACUGAUAGGGAUAAUGAUAAUAACAUGUAAAAAGUAUUAUUGACUUGUCUUGAGACUCAAAAACAAACAGAGACAUGCAGCUUGCUUCAGACCUUUGACCUUUACACAAUCAGUAUUGUGCAGGACAAUGCAAAAUAAGGAAGUUGUUUACAAACCCUAAGAUCUACUUUAAGACCAAAAACAACAAAACAAUGCAUGAUUUAUUUCUGUUGUGAAAUAAUAUCUGUAAGUGCCUAGAUGAAACAGAAAGGGAAGAGAUCUUUUGUUAUUUUAACUGUAGUGAACAGAUGAAAGUUAUAAUAUUAAAGUGAAUAUAUCAUGACCAACAAAUAGCAUGCUUAGCUUUGCUAAGUUAAAUAAUUUUAAUCAAUAAAUUGUGUCAGUGUUUAGCUGAGCUCUUAUCUGCAGUGCUGGUGGGCAAAAUGCAUAUUCUGAUUAUCAAAGAGGAAGUAACGGCAUAAUCUCAUCAUCUAUAAUGAGAGGGGAGGAGCAGCUCAAAAAAAAAAGAGAAUCUAUUGCAAAAGGAGAAAGGUUUGGCAGCUAAAGCAGAAGUGCAAAGGAGUAAAUACUGUUGAUAUCCAGAGUGUAACAGAUUGUGCAAAGCACCAAAAAGCUGUUAGUGAGAGGAGAGGAAAUAUGUGUGGGAUGAAUAUUCUGUUGAGAUGUAUAGAUCCAGAAUGUACAGACACAUGUGUUGGAUUACAUUCAAUUGGAAGAGAUUAUAUCACACACAUUCAUUUUUAUCAUCUUAUAUUGGAAGAACUUAAAAGUCACGUUUUAAUGUUGCAACCUAAAGUAAAAUAUGUGAUAAACACAUAUUGUGAGACUGCAAACACAUGAUGUUUGAAUAUUCAUCUGUUUAUGAAUGAUAGUCUGUUUGGAGCAGCUGACAGCAAAGAGUUGGGAAAGUACCAAAGUGCAUAUCGAUAAUUCUGUAUGAUGCAUAAUCACAUUGACACAAUUGUUUUGAAAGCAAUAAACAUACGGCUUUUGUCAUCACAACCAAA